AAGAGGCUUUGAAUUUACAUAGAUAAAGAAAAUGGCUGCCAGUCACACUGUGGUAGAGGCCGGACCAUGGGGAGGUAAGGGUGGCGUACGCUGGAUACAAUCAGCUGGUGGUGGUAAGUUUACUUCGAUCAUUAUCAGAGGUGGCGCUUGUAUUUUUUCCAUCCAGUUCGUAUUUAAGGAUAUACAUAAUAUCGAAUACCGUUCGGGACGAUUUGGUGAUCUUGGUGACAAGGCUGAAACAAUUACCUUUGCGGACGAUGAGGAAGUCCACGCAAUUAGCGGGACCGUCGGAGAAUGGGGUGGCCAUACGUGUGUUACCUCGCUCACUUUUUACACAACCAAAAAGCCUUAUGGGCCAUUCGGCACGGUCACUGGUUCCCAUUUCUCACUGCCAGUGGCUAAGGGUAAGUUUGCAGGAUUCUUCGGAAACAGUGGAGACUUCCUUGACUCAAUUGGUGUUGUGCUUGUUUAGUAACCCGCAAGGCCUGAUAUGAUGAUAAUAAGAAGCUAAGGAGAGACUUUAUGUUUCUAAAAGAGUUGUGACUUUUGCAGCUCGUAUGUAUGUAUCUUUUGUUUUUCCUGUGUUAUUAUUAAAAUAAGCACAUACGUGCACUGAAUUUCUGUACUCCACAAAAGCUUCUAAAUGGAUAUUUUCAUCUUUAAAUUUAUUACACCA